GGCUGAGCCGCUUAAGACUAGGUUCUCGCGAUGUUUUGCUGCUGACGGAAUACAGCGAAGAUGUUUGGAGUUUUUUAAUAUAAAAUUAUUUAUUUAAAUAAAAAUGGCCGCCGUGGAGCGCGGAGCGGACAAACUGGAGGAGGGGCAAGAAGGCGAUGAAAGAGACCCCCUGCCCUCAACCAAACAAAAAGACAGGUCACACAGCAAGACAAAAAAGUCUCGCAGGGAGCGUCGUCAUGGUGCCCAGGGGGCUGAGACGGCGGCCUCAACCAUACCGCCUGCGAUCAGUAAACAUCCUGAGGAGGAGAUGGAACCACAGAGCCAGAUGUUGGAGCCAGUGGCGGGACCCUCAGAGCAGGAGCCGGAGUCUGCAGCUGGUAGUGAGGCAGCAGGAUCUCCCAGACAGCGACGCUCCAUCAUUCGAGACCGCGGGCCAAUGUAUGAUGAUCCCUCCCUGCCUGAAGGCUGGACCCGCAAAUUGAAACAAAGGAAGUCUGGAAGGUCAGCAGGGAAGUUUGAUGUAUACCUGAUCAACUCUGAGGGAAAGGCAUUCCGGUCAAAGGUGGAACUUCUUGCCUACUUUGAGAAGAUUGGUGACACAAAGACUGAUCCCAAUGAUUUUGAUUUCACUGUUACUGGGCGUGGAAGCCCAUCUCGUCGGGAAAAGCGUCCUCCUAAAAAAACAAAAGUGGUGAAGCCAUCGGGACGAGGCCGAGGGAGGCCUAAAGGGAGUGGAAAAAUGCGUCAGGCCACUGAGGGUGUAGCCAUGAAGCGUGUGAUUGAGAAGACUCCUGGCAAACUGCUGGUGAAAAUGCCAUUUGGCAAGACCGAGUCCUCCUCUGGAACCACAUCAAAGGGGGUGUCUCCUAUAGCAGUGCCCAAAUCCCGGCCAGGCAGAAAGAGAAAAUCAGAACAGGAAGUUCCACCACCACCACCUCAGGCCACUCCCAAAAAACGAGGAAGGAAACCAGGAUCAACCUCUGUUGCAUCAUCAGUGACUUUGACAUCCACCUCCUCGACCACAGUCUCUGGGAGCUCGGCGGUGGGGAGCUACACUGCUGCCGCCAUCAUGGCUGCUGAAGCUAGACGAAGAGCAACUAAGGAGUCUUCCACUAAACCUGUGGUUCAGGAAACUGCCCUGCCAAUCAAAAAACGCAAAACAAGAGAAACUGUGGAAGAGAUGGAAAGUGUUAAAGCUCCACUGGUUAUGACUGUUGAGACUGGGAGCACCAGCACAGCAGAAGAGAAGGGAGGCACAGUAGAGGGGGGUUCAAGAUCAGACCCAAAGCCCACAUCCUCUGUAGGAAGCCAGUCAGAGAAGCAACAAUCUGCUUUAGAUGAAAGCCAAUCUCCUCGACACAAGGCGCAUAAGUGCCUGAAGCACAAGGAAAAAAGAGAAAUGGGAGAUGGAGGAAGUAAAGGCAAGGAUGAUGCUGAAGAUGAAGGAGGGGGCGGAAGGAGUAGCAGCAGCAGCAGUAGCAUUAUCCCUGCAAAAAGCCACAAAAGGAAGGAACGACAACCUCAUAAACACCAUCGCCAUCAACAGCACUCUGGCUCAUUAUUAGAUCAGCCACCUCCUCCUCUUCCAGAGUCUGAACCACCUUCCAGCCAACCCAGGCCUGAAGUCAAACCACAGACUGUGCCUCGUCUAACCCCCGAACCACACCAAAAGUCUGUGCCUCAGCCCCCUUCUGAACCUCUUCAACCCGUUUCUCAAUCACACCACCAGCCCGGUUCUUGCUCUCAUACCCAGUUACCCACUCUAUCCCAAGCCCAUGCUCUGCAAGUACACCAGUCAUCCCCCACGGGACAAAUAAUGGUUGAGACCUUGCCCCCACAACCCCCAGUCCAAACCCUCAGUCAACCACUGUCUACAAACCAGACAACCCAGUCACAGCCUACACUCUCCAAAGCCCAGCAUCAAAGCCAGCAUCAGACCCUGCUUGCGCCAACUCAGUCCUUUCCGACUCUGCAUGCUAAGCCGUCUCCAACCAGGCCUCCACAAUCACAGGCUCAGCACCCCAUAGCACUCCAGCCUCAAAUCCAGCCUAGACAUUCGUCUCAUACCACAGCCCAAUUUAAACAGUCCCAUUAUCAAAUGCCCCAACUUCAGUCCCAGCCAAAAAUAUUGACCCAACCUCAAUCACAAGCCCAAACAAAGAUCCCGACUCAAAUUCAGUCUCAAUCACAGGCAAGAAACCAGAGGCAACCACAGUCUGAAUUCCAAGGAAGAAUACCAUCACAGAUUCAAAGUCAACCACAAACCAGGACACCAACACAAGGUCAAAGUCAACCUCAAACCAGGACACCGACACAAAGUCAAAGUCAACCUCAAACCAGGACACCGACACAAGGUCAAAGUCAACCCCAAACCAGGACACCGACACAAGGUCAAAGUCAACCUCAAACCAGGACACCGACACAAGGUCAAAGUCAACCUCAAACCAGGACACCGACACAAGGUCAAAGUCAACCCCAAACCAGGACACCGACACAAGGUCAAAGUCAACCUCAAACCAGGACCCCGACACAAGGUCAAAGUCAACCGCAAUCCAGGACACCGACACAAUUUCAAAGUCAACCUCAAACCAGGACACCAACACAAGGUCAAAGUCAACCCCAAACCAAUACACCACCACAGGGUCAAAGUCAACCUGAGACCAGGACACAAUCACAAAUUCACAGUCAAUCCCAAACUAUGACACCAACACAAGGUCCAUCCCAAAUGAAAACACCAUCACAAAUUCAGGGCCAACUUCAGAGCAGAACGCCAACGCAAAUUCUGAGUCAAUUUCAGACCAGUAAACCAACACACAUUCUGAGUCAACCACUGACUAGAGCACCAACACCAGGUCAAAGCCAACUCCAAACUAGGAUGCCAACACAAGGUCACUUUCAACUCCAAACUAGGACACCAUUGCAAGUUCAGAGUCGGCCUGAGGCCAGGACACCAACACAAGGUCAUAGUGAACCCCAGCCUAGGAGCCCAAACCAAAGUCAAACUCAACCCCAGGCAAGGACUUCAGCACAAGUACAGAGUCCUUUACAGACCAGGGCCCCAGCCCAACUGCAGAGUAAACACCAGACCAGAACUCCAGCCCAACCUCAGACUCAACCCCAGACAAAGCUCCCCACACAUAACCAGAGCCAACCACAGACCAGAGCUCAACCAACCCCUCACCUGCAGUCUGGCCAGCAGGUGCUGCCUCAAACUCAUAUGAGACACACCUCGCAGCACAAUCUCCCAACUUCAUAUAGACCCUUACCCAGUCAGUCUCACACCCAGUCCAGGCCACCUGUUACCCAGUCACAAAUACCAACGCACUUUCAAGGCUUUCCAGCCCAAUUACAUCCACAGUCUCCCUCUCAGCUCUCAAGGCUGCAUGCCCAGAACCUCUUUCCUCACCGAACAUCAUCUUCCAUUCAAACCCAGCCCAACCUUGUCCCAGCACAGCAGAACCAGUGUGAACAGCCCCAGGACCUGAGCACCACACGACAGACCCAAGAAAGCCAGGUCCCAAGAAGAGAGGCCAGCCUGGAGGGCAUCAGGAUGGAGGGGAGAGGGGAGCUGGUCACAGCGUCAGAGAACAAAGAGGUUUUAGGAAGUGACAGAGGGUCAAACAGCACAUCAAGGCCUUCCAGCUCUGUGCAACCUGGACCUCCUGGAGCAGCAGGAUCCAGCCUUGUGCCUGGAGCAGAUGGUAGGGCUCGCCUGAGGUUGGAGCCAGAGGCAGCAGAUGACAACAAAGAGCUCAGAGACAUUGUCCCACAGUCCUCUGUCCCCUGUCCCAGCUGUGAGGAAACUGUAGAGUCACGAACUGCCGUCAGUGAAAGAGUCAGCUGAUUGGUUGGUCGUGUGAAAGGCAAGCUGAUUGGCAAUCUCAUGGACUGAGUCACCAGACGGAGGACUUUGGCCAGGCGGACGAAGGAGGUGUUUGGAUCUUACUUUGGACAGAAUUUAGUAGGACUGUCUCAGCCUCUAUUCUUGGAUCCUGUCCCGGAGGCCUUGUAAAGUCAACUUGUCACUGAAGGACUCAUUGAGAUUUGAAUGAUAGUGUCUUUUUAUAGAGAAA